AUGUCUUUGUCUUUGAAGGCAGCUACUGGUUCUGCCUCAGUUACAUCUACUUCUGCUGCAGCGCCAGCAGCAGCAGCAGCAGCAGCAGAAGCGGGAGCAGCAGCAGCAGCAGGAGCAGCAAAGAGCUUCGCCUCCUUUGCUGCGCGGCUGCAUGCAGGGGCCCGCAGCAGCAGCGAUCUUCUCCACUCCCUUGCUGGUUUCAUUCCAGCUGCUGCUGCUGCUGAUGGCGCACCAACAGCAGCAGCUGCAGCUGCUGCUGCUGCACAAGACGGGCAUGGGAAGGAAACGGCAGCAGCAGCUGCUGACGCAGCAGCUGCAAGAGCAGAAGAGCAGCAGCUGCUGCAGAAGCUGCAGCAGCUUCGGCUGCAGCAGCAGCAGCAGCGAGAGGAGGACCUAGACGACCUGGACGGGCCCGUGCUGCUGCGGCAGUUGCAGCAGCGGGAUUCAGAAGUGCUGCUGCUGCUGCAGCGCAACAGACAGCUGGAAGCAGCAGCAGCGCAGCAGGAGCAGCAGCUGCAGCAGCUGCGGCAGCGGCAGCAGCAGGAACACACUGUGCUGCUGGACGUGCUGCAGCGCUUCGGCGUGGUGGACGCGAGCCUCGCAGUUGCUGCUGCUGCUGCUGCUUCUGCUGCUGACCCCUCCAGCAGCAGCAGCAGCAGCAGCAAAAUGAUAGAUGUCUUUGUGUGCGCGCAGCGCCUCUCUGCCCAUUUGCUGCGGCUCGAAACAGACAGAGGAGCUCUUGCUUCUUUUUGUUUGCUGCUGUUUCCCCGUGAGAUGUCUUUGCAGCUGGUGGCUGCUUUGCGGGGGACCAGCAGCAGCGGCGGGAGCAAGAGCAGCAGCAGCUGCAGCAACAGCAGCAGCAGCACCUUCUCGAGCUCGAGCAGCAGGUGGCCUCGCUCACCAGGGAGAAGGCGGCUUUGCUGCUUCAGCUGCUGCAGCAGCGCAAGGCUGUUGCUGCAGCCACAGCAGCAGCCGCAGCAGCAGCAGACGCCUGCAGCAGCGAAGCCUCGGCCGGCUGCAGCAGGUGCCGCGCGCUGCAGCAGCAGCAAGCAGCAGCAACGGCCAAUGCGCAACAGCAGCGAGAUGAGGCUCGCGACAUGCAAAGUGAAGGUGGCUGCACCUCGGAGGACAGCAGCAGCAGCUGCAACAGCAGCAGCAGCAGAAGCAGCAGCAGCGACAGCAACAAUAGCAGCGAGCGAGGCGCUGCUGCUGCUGCUACUAGCGAAGGAAUGA